CCCGCGCCCGGCGGCAUGAGCGUGUUUGGGGACUUCCAGCGUGUCUGGGUGCAGCGGUUCCCGGACAGCGCCUUGCCGGCUGCCUGGGAGGAGGAUGUCAGGGCGAACCUGGUCAAGCACAAGCAGAAGGUGACAGCCUUGAGAGAGGAGCUCGAGAAGGAAGAGUUUUAUGUGGAGUAUCUGGAGAGAUUGCUGGCCGACGUCGAGCGACACAAGCAGCUGGCCAACAGUUUCGCCGGCGCGAGCACGAACGCGGCUGAGAAUAAACAGGAGGCGACGACGGAGGCGCAGUCUCAACAGGAUCCUCAAGCGCCGGAGGACAGCCUGGCGGACUCCGCGAAUUCGCCGAGUUCUCAGAACGUCGUCGGGCCGUCCGCUCCCACCUUGACGGAACGGGAGGACAGCAAGUUUCCAGACAAGUGCGUGUCCGAAUUGAGCUCGACUCUCGGCGCGGCUGGCAAGCGGCCGAAGAGCGAGAUACCAAGGAGUCCCGAGAAAGUGCCUGAACUUAGAAGAAACAGUGAUCCAGAUGUGCCAAGUAAUUACGUUACAGUGAUCGAAGUCACCGGGAGUUCGAAGAAGGACAAGAAUGAGGAAUCUCUCAAGGAAGAGGACGAGAAAGACUUGGAAAAGGCUAUCAAUGAAGAUGGCGAAGACGGCGACGCGGAGGCAUCGGAGGAAGAGCCUUACUACGACUCGGUAGCCUUGGAUCAGACUGGAGAGUACGUUUACAUUGACGCGCGCGUUCCCACUGUCAAUAGUAACAAUGGUAGCAAGGCGGCGAGCCGAAGACCACCCUCGCUGCCAGACUCGCCGGGCAAUCAGAGUAAUUAUGUCAACAUCGAUUAUUUUAUACAACACAGAGCGGCGAUGGACAGCGAAGACGAAGAGGGUGCCAGUCCGGCGCCCCCGAUUCUGCUGCGUGCUCUCAGUACGGACAACGAGACCGGCAGCAGCGACGCCGAGCCGCUGAGUCUGAGCGAGGGUAGCCUGGAGUCGCCGACCCCGACGACGCCGCGCAGACAAGAGAAGAGCAAGGAGCGCGAGGACGACAGGACGUCGAUGGUCAAGUGUAUCGUGAGCUCGGUAUUGGAGAGCGAGGCUGUAUAUGUCGAGUGCUUAACUGUGAUGUUACAAUAUAUGAAAGCUAUUAGGGCAACUCUAACGACGUCUCAACCGGUCAUUUCGGAAGAGGAAUUCGGCACGAUGUUCUAUAAGAUCCCGGAACUGCACGCUCUGCACCAGACGUUUCUGGACGGUCUUCGAAAGAAGGCGGAAAAGUGGGACAGCAAGACUACCAUAGGAGAACAAUUUAAGAUUAUGGCCAGUAAUAUAGGAUUAUAUGGUGCGUUUUUGCACAAUUACGCCCGCGCGACCGAUACCGUGCGACGAUGCUCCGCCCAUUCCACUCAGUUUGGAGAGAUCACUAGAGACAUAAGACUCAGGGGUUUCCCGAAGGGCCCGGGUCUGUCUCUGGAAGAUCUGUUACACAAGCCAGUUGCUCGAGUGCAAAAGAACGCUCUAGUUUUACACGAUCUUCUCAAGCAUACGCCAGUCAACCAUGCAGAUCAUGCGCCCUUGUCGGAAGCUCUUGCUAUGACCAGGAUCUUCCUAGAUGAAUUCAAUAUUAUUCAGACGAAGUCGAUGUUUCCGAGCCACGAUAGAGCCCAACGAAGAUUGGUGAAGAAUUCGUUUGUGGUCGAGCUCUCGGACGGACACAGGAAGCUGAGGCACCUCUUUCUCUUCAACGACGUGAUCGCCUGUGCGAAGUACAAAGCGUCUGGCAGGGAUAAGUUCACGUUUGAAUUGAAGUGGUACGUGCCGGUAGCGGAAGCCGCUGUUACGGAAGACGGCAUAGAGCCACGCGAGGCCAGCCCCGCUAAUGUGGUAGCUUUAAGGUCGCAAGCGUGUACAGUACGCGAUCAAAUUCUGUGGGAGGAACGAAACGACGAGAAGCGGAUUCGACUGGGUGGCAGAGGUUCGGAGAAGAAUCGCAAGAAACUCGCCGAACUUGAGGCCCAGCUGGUAUUAGCCUCGCCGAACUUGGUUCUGCGCGUCGCGCACAAGAGUCAGCAGAACCGAGUACAAAAUUCUUACACCUUCUUCCUGUCCAGCGAGUUUGAGCGCUCUCAAUGGGUGGAGGCGGUAGAGGCGUUACAACAGGGCGGACAGCCUCCAGGGCAGCUACCAUUGUCGAUGUACGAACUGCAGGCUUGGGUCACCGCUUGUCGAACGUAUCUGCAGACCGACAUGGGCAGCUACCUGCUGAGGUCUGGACGCGACGAGAGCUUGCUACUGGGUGAUCUUCAUCUGACGCUGCUCGGUUUGACUCCGCCAGGCUUGGACAGAGUGGGUGAUCUCUACAUCAUCGUGGAAGUCGACAGCUAUGGACAUUACUUCAAGAGAGCGCGAAGUCGCGUCGCCAGAGGUCAAGCUCCCAUUUGGGGCGAGACCUUUGUGGUAGAACUGGAAGGAAGCCAGAACGUUAGGAUCUUGUUAUACGAGGAAUGCGGCACACGCUCGGUAUUGCGAGGCAAGUGCAUUCAACGAUUGAGUAGAUCUUGGCUCCAAUCUGAUCAGGUGGAAAGGUUAUUAAACCUAGGACCCGCAACAUUGGACGUGGCACUGCGUUUUGUUCCCAGCGAGGUCACUCUGAGGCGAGUGCCAUCGGCCAAGCCACAAGGCUUAUUCGGCGCCAAGAUCCAGCAAGUUUGCAAACGAGAGAAACGCGACGUGCCUUUCAUAAUAACAGCAUGCGUGCGAGAGGUGGAGAGACGCGGCGUCGGCGAGGUAGGUCUGUAUCGCGUUUCAGGCUCGGCGUCCGAUGUGGCGAGGCUGCGCAAGUCGUUCGAGAGCAAUUCGUACGAGGCGGAGCAGCUACUUAAAGAGGUGGACGUGCACUCGGUGACGGGCGUAUUAAAGUUGUAUUUGCGCGAGAUGCCGGAGGCGCUGUUCACCGAUGCUCUUUAUCCGGCAUUCCUGGAGGCCUUCCAAACGGGUGAUCUAUCACGGGGCGCUGCCCUGCGCCGCGUUUACGAGGGUCUGCCUGCCGUGAACAAAGCGGUAAUCGACUUCUUGCUGGCACACCUGGCCCGUGUGAACAAGCACGAGGCGCAGAACAAGAUGUCGCUGCACAACCUGGCGACAGUGUUCGGGCCCACGUUGCUGCGACCCGGCACCAGUAACUCGCGCAGCGACGCCAAGAGCCGCGAUCCCUUGGCUGCCGGCACCGUCGACGUGAUGGCGCAAGCCGGCAUUCUCUACUGCUUCCUGCAGUUACACAUUCAACAGCAGAACAAUCAACCUCUCUAGUCGACAAACUCCCCUGAUCCUGAAAGCGAUUAACGUUGCCGUUCGAUUUGAGAUCGAUAGGUAAUUUGGCGACGGAAACUCGACCAUUUUCUUCCCGACGGAGCAAACGCCGAAAAGACGAUGUAAUGGUGUCUGAAGAACAGCCUGGUAACUCAUCGAUAUCGUUAUACUUAAUCUUACGAUCGACCCACUUAUUGAAUGUCAAAAAGGAACGUAAUUUCUGUUACCACAAUGCCAUAAUGCCAUAAUGUGUUACAUCAUUUACAUAAAAAAAUAACUUGCGUAACGAAUAAUAGCAUUAUGAAAAGAGGGCUCAUAAUUUUCUACGCGUGUCUGAAGUCAGAAACUUUCCAUUUAAUUAAAUCUUUUUAUUUGCGUUAGGUGCAAUAUGAGAGUUCGCUUUGCCGAAUGUUUCAAUGAAAUGACUGCAAGUUUUAUUUUCAUUCUUUUUAUUAAUACAUUUAACUAAUUAAAUUAAAUCAGGGAAACAAUCUCGCCAAUUUCCGUCCUUCAAACACCUGUCAGAUGUCUUUUGUAUUGCGCGCUGGCACAAAUACUCCAUUUAUAUCGUUGGUCUCUUUUGUAGUUUCGCGUUACAUAUCUCUUUUACGCAGCAAAGCCUGGAAGUAUGUUAAAACGAAUAGAGUGGCUUUGAUGAAACCCUCCUAGGAGGAUAAAACUCCUAUACUCCAUAUGCGUGCAAAAUAAUAUAGCCGAGCUGCUCUUAUAGAACGUAUAUAUAAAGCGUAAUAUCAAUAAUAAUAUAUAUAUAUAUACAUAUAUCUUUUUACUUUUGAGGUUCAUAAUAUAUUUUCUACUUCAUAUUGUCUGAGCGGGACAAUGUCGCUCGCGCGCAAUCAAAUUGAUGAUCUUUUCUAAAAUGAGAUUUUCGACAUAAAGAAGAAAUGGUGCAGAAAUUUCAGGUGAAAAAUUGGCCAAAGAGAGAAGAUUAAGUGAUAAGUCGAAGCAAAUUGGUAAAGAUGUUACCUUUGUAUAUUAAAAGUGUCCUGAAAAUUUAUAGAGAAAAAAACGAGAGUUAAAGAAUAAGAAUCUUUUAAGGGAGGAUAAAAGGUAAAAUAAUAGAAAAGGGUAAGAAGGUAAAAUAAUAAAAUUUUGUAUAAAGUCCGAGAUCGAGGUGUUUAAAGCCUGAAAUUUGUGUACGGGACUGUGCUCUAGAAAAUAAGUACUUUUUCACGUGACGUGUGUUCCUAGCAGAGAAUCUAAAUCUUUUUAUACGAAUCUUUUUGUAUAUCCGUUGCAGGAAGCAACCUAUCGCCCUAAGUAAUAUGGACACUGUACUCUCGUGUACUCGUACAAUAGCGUACAUCUCGCAGAAACAUUACAGCAUUCAGCAGAAUGAGAAAGAGAGAGGAGAUUUCGCUUUUUUCUUUGAAGAUAUGCGGAGUUCAGGGAACGACGUUCCUCACUAUGUGCAAAAUCUGUUAUACAUGUAUAAUGUAAUAAUCGUCCAUUCCAUUUGCUCGAGUUUUCUAAGAAGAAUCGAAUCUUUGCACCAAGAAGCUCGGAGCUCUGACCCGAAAAGACAUACGACUGCAAGAGAGAAGCUCUCCUUAUUCCGUCAAGGCGGUAUUUUUCGACAGUAAUUUUGAUUAACGUGAAUCCUUUUUUUUUUAUUACCGUCUAAAUGCAGCUUAAUAAGAUGCCAAAGAGAAAGGUAUGUUCCCACGUGUGUGGAGUGUCCCAAAGAUCGUAGUUCAUAUAUAACAAUCUUUUGGAAAGAAUAAUCUUGUUACGGAGAAGAGUUGAGAAUUCAGAAUCAAUUUAUUCUUGAGAAAUUUUAAGUUUCCUUAUUUUACGAGAAAGUGUAUUUUAAAUCACGAAAUUUUCAGUAAUCUUCAAAAUUAAUUUUCUCGAAAGGGGAAGAAAAAUACAUAUCCUAAAGUUCUUUUUGCACGAAAUACUGUUAACUAAUUUAAUUAAUGAGAUAUGAUUUUUGGAAUACUCUGCAGUAAAAAAAUAUAUUAUAGUCGAUAAUGAGAGACAAAACACAAACACGCGAGUUUAGCGAUACAAGUUGAUGGAACUUAGUACAGAGUGUUUUGCGUAUUAUGCCAGGCCGUCUACAAAGUUUACAAAUUACAUAAAAGAGAAAGAAAACGAAAAAAAGAGCCAAGUCUGACGAGAGUGUUCGAUAGAAAACGAAGACGUAUAGGAAGUAUUAAAUUGUUUAUGCUCGAACGAAAUAGGCAACUAUUGUAUCUCGUGCGUAUGAACGCGUGCGUGUUUGUGCUUGUUUGUAUGCGUGUAUUAUCUCCCCUUACCCCGUGUAUGUAUUAUACCGUAAAAAGAAAUACCGCAUAUACCAAGAUUAAUUUUGAUAUCGUCGUUUUUAAGGGACGUUCGUCUUUUUUUUGUACAUUAAUACGAAGUGUAAAAACGAAUUUCCUCGACUAUUAUUUGUGUUAUUAUUAAUAUUAUUAAUAUUAUUACUCAGAGACAAUUAUCGUCACAAGUAUUUGUUACAAGAUUUGAUCAAGCUAGCUUGUUCGCAGCGAAAUGCGUACUGUACUGCCAAAAAGUGAAGAAACACACUUAAAGUGAACAAAUAUACUGAAGGUUUAUAAACU